UCAGUGUGACGUGUUUCCGGUGUCCUGUCAAAGUUGCGGGCUCCGUGUCAGUGGACUGGACAGACUCACCGACCAAAAGCCUACAACAGACCGAGGACCAACAACUUCACCCAGGCAGUCAACAGACAUGUCUUUUAUAUUUGACUGGAUCUACAGGGGCUUCAGCAGCGUCUUACAACUAUUAGGGUUGUACAGGAAGAGUGGCAAGCUGGUGUUCCUCGGACUAGACAACGCUGGAAAAACAACGCUCCUGCACAUGCUCCGAGAUGACCGACUAGGGCAGCACGUGCCCACGCUACAUCCAACAUCUGAGGAGUUGACCAUCGCCGGAAUGACCUUUACGACGUUUGACCUUGGAGGUCACACACAAGCAAGAAGGAUCUGGAAGAACUACCUCCCGGCCAUAAAUGGUAUUGUCUACAUGGUGGAUUGCGCUGAUCAUGAGCGACUAGUAGAGGCUAAGAUUGAGCUUGAUGCCCUGUUAACAGAUGAAACCAUCUACAACGUACCGGUUCUCAUUCUGGGGAAUAAGAUAGACCGUCCAGAGGCCGUCAGUGAAGACGGACUGAGGGGCAUGUUUGGUCUUCAUGGACACACGACUGGGAAGGGCAAAGUGUCCCUGAAGGAGCUGAAUCUGAGGCCAAUGGAGGUUUUCAUGUGCAGCGUUCUGAAGAGACAAGGAUAUGGAGAGGGUUUCCGCUGGCUCUCUCAGUAUAUCGACUGAUUCACAUUCAGAUUUACCACGCUGCCUGUGCGUACAAAAACAUGUUCCACACCAAACUACCUGCCACAGAGAGAUAUGAUAGACUGUAUUUAUAAUUUUUGACUGUGCCAGUAGGAUAUUUGUUUCAGGUCGUGUUUUUAAUGUCUAUUUGUCUUAUCAAUCAUAGCACAGCAAGUCUAAGACGAGUUAAAAAUGCUGUGGGUUUCACCUUCACUUAAAGCCUGUAGGAAAUGUAGUCUGCAGUAUAGGACAUGUCCUCGCCAUGAACCAGCUUCUAACCCGGGUUUAUUUUUAAGUGCUGGUGUUGACCUACAGUGAAGGUCAUUCAGGAUAACAUUCUGGGGCUUGGACUUACUCUUCCUUGAUUGAGAAUUAAAAAAAAACCUGUGUGGUAACAUAGAUGAUUAGCAGAGAUAAAACAUUACAUAUUCAUUUUGAUUCAGUUUCAACCAAAUGGGAAUCUUGAAAUACAAUACAGUUUUCCCAGAACAGAAAAAGUUAUCAUGGAAAGUUCUGCAGUGAUUCGGUGCAAUAUUUGUUAAUGAGAAAAGUGCCAAUACCGUAGCCUGCUACCUCCAAAGCUGAAAUUUGAUGCUGAUUGCAUGUUUUUUUUUAAUUCAAUGAAGAUGUUUACCACUACAGGCCAAUUUUACAAAUGUGACCAUAAGUGCAUUAACUGACUUUUUGCUGUGAGGAGCUUCAUUAAACAGAUGCAAUAAUUGCAGAAUGUGUUUACUGCAUGAGCGCAGCCAGAUGAUGAAACACACUCCUACUUGUCAUCCUACCUGUUUUCACGACGGUUACUUGCUGUGACGCAACUCGGGUACUUUGUGAUUAGUUGCUGCUCAUGACCUGCAGUGAUAUUAUGAGAGUACUUGGGUAGUGUUAAAAAUACGGCACGCAAAAUGCUAUGCAUGAAUAUCCAGUUGGUGCAAUACUAUACAUUAUUUUGUAUAUAAGCUGUUAUUUAUAUUUUGCAAUAUGAUGGGCUUUCCGUAUUAUUAUUAAGCACUGAACUCUAAAGUUAUACAUCUGUUACAAAAGGCAGGUUAUAUUGUUUUUGAACACUUGCGAAGUUUGAGCAAAAUAAAUAUUUUUGACGAGUUUAAA